AUGGGGUUAACAAACAAGAGUGAGGGAGAACAACAACUCACACCCAACAACUCUGAUACACCCAACAACUCUGACGUGCCCAAUGAAGAACAAGGCGAAGAAAUCCAACAGCCAGAAGAGCGUACUCCAGUAGUGCAGCGAACACGAAGAGCAGGCACACAGCCAUCCAGAUGUCGAUUGCCUUCACGUAGGACACCUGCAACAUCCACCAACAGAGCAAUCAACCUUCUUGGAGCCCUUCCAUGGCCCAUCCAGUGGUUCGCCAGCCCAUACCAACUGCCUGCUAUUCUUCAGUUUUAUCCUGAAUUUCUUCUGGUGUUCAAAGAAGCUUUCCACGAUAUGUCCCAUUGCCUGAAGGCCCAUGUCAAAGAGAUCGGGCUACCCAUCAUCCUUCACCUCUCUGAACUCUCCACCCUCCACUUCUAUCUGACUUUCCUCCCUACACUUCUUUUCCUUUCUUUCUUUGUUCUUUUCAUACUUCUGUUCCUGCUUCUGCUUCUUAUUAUUCUUUUCAUUCUUUUCUUCUUCUGA